AUGGAUAAACGUUCGCCGGAAAACAACUCCGGCUACCAACUUCACCGGAAUGGGUUUCAAGAAUUUCAUCCUCGUAGCCUCACAAACAGUGGUCCUCCUCUUGAAUCUUUGUUUGGUAAUCUAAGGCUUGAUGAUGAACAGGUUCCUCUCCCGUCGUUUGGUGUUCCUCCUCCGGUGAAUUCUACGGCGGAUGGUUUGUAUGAUGAUGAAAUUUUAACAGGGUUUAGAGCUCAAGAAAGGCUCAACAAUGGUGCUGACUUGCAGGGUUUAAUCCGGGCCCAGAAUGCAAUUAAUGGGGCCCACCAGAAUCUGACUGUGGGCCCGAACCUUCUGAAUCAACCUCAACCUCUAUCUGCUGGUGGACUUCGAUCACAGCCAUGGUACUAUGCAGAACCAUCAUCACCAUUUAUUGACAAUGACUACUUGAGACUUAACUAUGAACUUAAUGGUUACUCUCUUGGUCUUGGGGGUGGUGCUUUCUUGCCGAACACGGCACCAUUGAUGAAUAGGGAACUCAUUAACCAGUUCCCUUAUAUGUCUUAUAGAUAUUCGAACGGUUUUAUGCCAAACAAUUUUAGAAUUGGGUCACCCAUUUCGAAGUAUAACCAAAUUGGUUGUGAAUUGAGAGGAAAAAUGGUUGCUUUGGCUAAGGAUCAACAAGGAAGCAAAUUGCUUCAGUCUAAGCUUGACAAAGGGAAUAAGGAAGAAAUUGGAGGUAUUCUUAGCGAAUUGAUUGGGUGUGUUAGUGAUUUGAUGAAGAAUCAGUCUGGAAGUUAUGUUAUUCAGAAACUUUUUGCUGUAUGUAACGAGGAACAGAGGACCUCUAUUAUUCAAGCAAUAACAAGAAAUACCCACCAGUUUAUUGGUAUCUGUUUCAGCCAACAUGGGGCUCGAGCAAUGCAGAAAUUGUUGGACAAUAUUCUUACCCCACAUCAAAUAUACACGAUUUUAUCUGCUAUAGCUCCUGUUGCUGUUGCAUUGGCUAAUGAUCAAAGUGGUCAGCACGUGAUACAAUUUUGUGUGAAGACAUACCCUCCUGAGUAUAUAAGGGGGUGGAACAAGGUAGAACCAAGUGGUGGUUCAUUGGAACCCGUGAAAAAUUCGUUUUUGCCUGAAACAAGUAUCUCACAAGUUAACUGCAUAUUGCAGCCUCUUCUCUAUGAAAUUGCAAAUAACUGCUUUGCAAUUGCUACCCAAAAAAGUGGGUGCUGUGUGAUACAGUCAUGCGUAGAAUCUGCUGGUGGAGAACUUAGAGAUUGCAUAAUUGCUGAGAUAUUGACAAAUGCAGUGCAGCUAUCAGAAGAUCAAUAUGGCAACUAUGUGGUGCAACAUCUUGUGGGACUGAAGUUACCAAGAGUUACAGAUAUUUUAAUUGAUAGGCUUCAAGGAAACUUUCUGACUCUCUCAUGCAAUAAGUACGCUAGUAAUGUUGUUGAGAAAAUUAUCCUCGAUUCAGGAGAAGAGCACUCCACGAGAAUUAUCACGGAGCUGCUCAGUAAUCCAAGUGGUUCAAUGCUACUGAUGGACCCUUAUGGUAACUUUGUCAUCCAGUCAUCACUGCAAAGAGCAAAGGUAAGUUUAGUUCACUAAAUUCCUUGGUCUAUGAGCCUGCUUAUAUCGUAUAAGAAACAAAAUGAGCCAUCUGGAGCUGCUAAUUU